AUGGAGGACUUAACUUAUAAAGCCAAGCUCGCAGAACAGGCUGAGAGAUACGACGACAUGAUUAACAUCAUGAAAAACGUUAUCCGCCAGGCCACUGAACUCAAUGUUGACCAAAGAAACCUCCUCAGCGUCGGCUAUAAAAAUAUUGUAGGUGUUCGAAGAACUGCAUGGCGAACCAUCUCUGCACUGGAGGCCAAAGAAGAAUCGCGCUCAAACGCAAAAAGAGUAGAACUAGCCCGCGCUUAUCGUCUGAAAAUCGAAGAAGAACUCAACAGAGUUUGCCAGGAAAUUCUUGACCUAAUCACUGAAAUUCUCACUCCCCCCAUCCUUGAUCGAACGAUUGACUGUAAAAAUUCCUAAAAAUUGGAAAUUAACCCCCAUCCUUGAUCGAACGAUUUUCAUAUCAUGCAAAUUUUUAUAUAUAUAGAAAUAUAUUAUUUAUCAAAAGCUUGGGAAGAUGUACCUAAUGAAGUUGUUUUCAGAGCUUUGAGACGACAGAAAGCUGCGGAAUCAACCAUCCGAAGUGAUUUAGCCAUCAACCUAGGCUUAAAAACUUAAUAAUCUAAAAAAUAGAGAUUCUUUAAAAUUUAAAAAAAAAAUAUAAUUCAGUAAGGAACAAAUUAAAAUUUGUAUAGUUUAAAAGAGUAACUAAUAAAUCAAAAUAUUAAAAAUUGAUAUUUUAUGAAAUUAAUUCAAUUUUUUUGCUUUAUAAAUAAUUAUUAAAUACUCUUAACCCUUUUAUUUAAAAGUAAAUAAAAAAAUAUAUAUAUAUAUAUAUAUAAUUUUAUUUUAUAUAUAAAUUUUUUUUUCCCGAAAAAAUUUUUUUUUAACCCCCAUCCUUGAUCGAACGAUGGUGAGUCGUUCGAUCAAGGAUGGAGGGGGGGAGUCAGUAAAAAGGUAAAUUCUAAUGAAUCUAGAGUGUUCUUUUUGAAGAUGCAAGGAGACUAUUACAGGUACAUGGCAGAAUAUCAGACCUCAGAAGUAAAUAAAGCAAGAUAUGGAAAUGUUGCCGCCGAAAAUGCAGCAAGGGUAUAUCAGGAAGCUACAGACCUGGCAAGCACUGAGCUCCCACCUACCCACCCAAUUAGAUUAGGCCUAGCUUUGAAUUACUCAGUAUUUUUUUAUGAAGUAAAAGAGCAGCCUAGUGAAGCUUGCAAUAUGGCAAGAAACGCCUUUGAUCAAGCUAUUGCAGAGCUUGAUAACUUAGACGAAGACCAAUACAAGGACAGCACCACCAUUAUGCAGCUGAUCAGAGAUAAUUUGACACUUUGGACGUCAGAAAUGCAGGAAGAGCCAAAAGACUCAGCUCAAGUAGAAGAUCUUUAA